AUGCCUCCCAAGAAGCAAGUUGAGGAGAAGAAGCUGCUUCUCGGCCGUCCUGGCAACAACCUGAAGAGUGGAAUCGUCGGCCUUGCAAACGUCGGCAAAUCCACCCUCUUCCAAGCCAUCACCAAGUGCCACCUUGGCAACCCUGCCAACUUCCCCUAUGCCACCAUCGACCCUGAAGAGGCCCGAGUCAUCGUCCCGGAUGAGCGAUAUGACUGGCUGUGCGAAAAGUUCCAGCCCAAGUCAAAGGUCCCCGCCAACUUGACCGUCUACGAUAUCGCAGGCCUGACCCGUGGCGCGUCCACUGGCGCUGGUCUGGGCAACGCUUUCUUGUCGCAUAUCCGCGCGGUCGACGCCAUUUUCCAGGUCGUCCGCUGCUUUGAUGAUGCCGAGAUCAUCCACGUUGAGGGAGAUGUCAACCCCACCCGUGACCUCGAUAUCAUCGCCGAGGAGCUGAGGCUCAAGGAUAUUGAGUUUGUCGAGAAGGCUCUCGAGAUGCAAAAGAAGAAGACCCGUCAAGGUGGCCAGAGUCUUGAACAGAAGAAGGCCAGGGAGGAGGAGGCCACAAUAGAGAAGAUCCUGGCCUGGUUGAAGGAUGGCAAGGAUGUGCGCAAGGGUAACUGGGGCCCCAAGGAGAUCGAGGUCAUCAACCCUCUCUUCCUGCUUAGCGCCAAGCCCGUGGUAUAUCUGGUCAAUCUUUCUGAGAAGGAUUACAUCCGGAAAAAGAACAAGCACUUGCCCAAGGUUGCGGAGUGGUGCAAGGAGCAUGCCGCAGGCGACCCUAUCAUCCCCGUUUCCGUGUCCUUCGAGGAACGCCUGACGCAGUUCGAGACCGAAGAGGCGGCUCUCGAGGAGUGCAAGAACGUCGGCGCUGACUCCGCUCUUCCCAAGAUCAUCAUUGCCAUGCGCAAGGUUCUCGACCUGGGCAGUUUCUUCACAGUCGGUACAGACGAAGUACGGCAGUGGACCAUUCGAAACGGAACCAAGGCACCUCAGGCAGCUGGUGUAAUCCACACUGACUUCGAGAAGACCUUCAUCCAAGCUCUUGUGUAUCCUUUCACAGCCCUCAAGGAACUAGGAUCAGAGGCAGACUUGAAAGCAAGCGGUAAAAUUGCUACUAAGGGCAAGGACUACGUUGUCCAGGACGGAGAUGUUUUGCACAUCAAAGCUGGCGCGGCCAAGAGCUGA